AUGACAACAAAUUACCUAGCACAGAAGCUUACAGAAGAGUCUUACAAAAUGGAGCAAUGUACGAAAGAGGCGUCACUUAUUAUCCAGAAUUCCAAGGAGCCCAAGCUAACACUGAAAGUCAUCCUCACGUCCCCUCUGUUCAGAGAAGAGGAGGACAAUCUAGGUGGAGUAGAAAAUGUUGCGAUGAAAGAUCCUCCGGAGUUAUUGGACAGGCAGAAAUGCCUGAACGCCUUGGCGUCUCUGCGACAUGCCAAAUGGUUUCAGGCAAGAGCCAAUGGACUAAAAUCUUGUGUAAUUGUGCUGCGUAUUCUGCGAGAUCUGUGCAACAGAGUGCCCACCUGGGCCCAACUGAAAGGAUGG